UCCCUCCUCUGUUCUUGCCUCCCUGUAUCCCCUCUCACUCAGCUGAAGGUAGAAGAUGACUCUCCGGUCGUUGGACAUCCAACGAUCAGGGAGGGAGCAGGUUAAUAUCAGUCACCUGAAAACUAUCAUUUCCCUCCCAAAAGAGUGAUCAGGGACCGGGUUCAUAUUGUUUCUGCAGCCGAAGGCUAUAUGGCGGUAUUUUACUAGUGGUGGCAAUUAACAGUGUCGAAUUAAUAAGCCAAUUCUCGAAGUGCAGCCCUUCUAGAGAGAAGCCAAUUAACUUGCGGAGACCAAUCGAAAAACACGUGAGCCUACCUCACCCCCAACUGAUCACGGUCAAGCAGAAGCCUCCCAAUUCCCAUCGCGUGCCGCCAUGUCCCUGUCACAAACUCCACCGGUGCCGGCCGCCUGCUGAGAAUUUCGCGGUGCCCCUCGCCACCUAUAAACACGGCUGCGCGCCGCGGAGGCAGACGAACGGUCGGUCCACCUUGUUUGCGCAGCCACCAAACUAACCUGCAGGCAACAAAGAAGCUUUCCUGAUCUGAGUUCGUUAGCUAUGCCUCUCCUGCCAUGCCGGCGGCGGCGGCUGCUCCUCCUUCUCCUCUUCCUCUUGGCUGCCGCUUGCCGUGGCGGCGAUGCUUCCGGUGACACCUACGACAUCUCCAUGUGCCGGAAGGAACCAACCUACUGCGGUGAAGUCAGUAUCAGCUACCCGUUCUACCUUGCUAACGAGACGAAAGAUCUCGAUGGCUACAGCAACUCGUUCUGCGGAUACCCCGGUCUGGCGAUCGAUUGUGACGACGGCAAGCCCACCCUGCAACUCAACGGCACCGACAAGUACGUGAUCAACAACAUCAGCUACGGAAGCAUCACCAGCAUGUCCCUAGUCGAUCAGGAGGUCGCCCAGGACAACGGCGUCUGCCCAAAAGUCGAUCACAACGUGACCUUCCCACCGGGUUCAUGGCUGUUCUUCCCUGGCAUGUCGGUCGACUACCUCGUCUUCCUUCUCGGCUGCUCCUUCACGAAUCCCUUACUCCCGAUCACCUGCAACCUUAUCGGUUUCCCUGGACAGUCGUACGUCAUUCCGAAGAAUCAAGUACCCCAGGGGAACUGGUCGAGAGUAUGCCAGAGAAUCUUCGAAGUGCCUGUGCUCAAUUAUCAAUAUGUCGAUCCAAAUAGCGACGCUUGGAGGAGAGGUGAAUAUGGCAAUGUUCUUCGUCAGGGAUUCCAGUUGGCGCUGAACGAUAGCGGGAGGCCUACCAAUUGUACCCAGUGCGAGGAGUCCAAAGGAAGGUGCGGUUAUAGCCAAGAUGGGGUAUUUCUCGGCUGCUUGUGCCCAAACGGGCGAGUGAGCUCUCUCAGGUGCAGUUCCAGCGAUACUGGAUCGAAGAGGAGGACAAAAAUAAUAGCUGUGGCCGUGGCAAUAGCUGGAACUCUCGCUCUUGUUGCAGGAGCAACCGUCUUCGUCGUUCGCAAGAGAAAGUACAAGAAGGUGAGCUCAUCUUCCAAGCUCCUCAAGUACAGCGGCUCCGGCGGGACCCCUCGUUCCAUGGGCGCCGGCGACAUGGAGUCCGGCAGUGUCAAGGACCUGCAGACUCACCUCUUCAGCUACGAGGAGCUCGAGGAGGCCACCGAUUCCUUCAAUGACAACAGAGAGCUCGGCGAUGGCGGCUUCGGGACCGUUUACAAAGGGAUUCUUCGAGACGGGCGCGUGGUGGCGGUGAAGCGGCUGUACAACAACAGCUACCGGCGCGUGGAGCAGUUUGUGAACGAGGCGGCGAUCCUGUCGCGGCUGCGCCACCCGAACCUGGUGAUGUUCUACGGGUGCACGUCCAGCCAGAGCCGCGAGCUGCUGCUGGUGUACGAGUUCGUCGCCAACGGCACGGUCGCCGACCACCUGCACGGCCAGCGCGCGCAGGAGCGCGCGCUCUCGUGGCCGCUCCGCCUCAGCAUCGCCGUCGAGUCCGCCGCGGCGCUCACGUACCUCCACGCCAUCGAGCCCCCCAUCGUGCACCGCGACGUCAAGACCACCAACAUCCUCCUCGACUCCGACUUCCACGUCAAGGUCGCCGACUUCGGCCUCUCCCGCCUCUUCCCCCUCGACGUCACGCACGUCUCCACCGCUCCCCAGGGCACCCCAGGGUACGUGGAUCCAGAGUAUCACCAAUGCUACCAGCUCACGGACAAGAGCGACGUGUACAGCUUUGGAGUCGUCCUGGUGGAGCUCAUCUCGUCGAAGCCGGCCGUGGACAUCACCCGGCAGCGGAACGAGAUCAACCUGGCCGGCAUGGCCAUCAACAGGAUCCAGAAGAGCCAGCUCGAGGAGCUCGUGGACCUCGAGCUCGGCUACGAGUCCGACCCGGCGACGAAGAAGAUGAUGACCAUGGUCGCCGAGCUGGCGUUCCGGUGCCUGCAACAGAACGGCGAGAUGAGACCGCCGAUCAAGGAGGUGCUCGAGGUGCUCAGGGGGAUACAGGAACUGUGCGUGGCGGAGAAAGACGGAGGCAAAGACAAGAAGGACCUUGACCCGCCGCUCUCUCCCGACACAGUGCACGUUCAGUGGGAUAGCAGGCAGACCACUCCUAACCCCAGCCAGUGACCAGCAGGGUACUUAGAUUAGAUGAUCAGUACUAUUUGCCAUCGAGGUUUAUAUAUGUGUAAUUACUGCUAUAUUACGCAGAGGCGUGUUUUGUUUGUAUGAGCGAUGUGAGACCCUUUUUUCUCCCCCCGCUUUGCAUGCUUCCCCGUGUGAUGUGCAUACGUGUUUGUUGGCUACCAGAACAGAGGGAAUGUACAUAAGAUGUCUAGAGUGGUGAACUGGUGAUGAUGAUAUAUAUA